AUGUUGAGUGGUUCGGUCCGGUUUCGCAGCGUGCGAUCUCCGAUGUUCGCAGCGGUGCUCUGCGUGCACGAUCGUCUGCUGCUACUGCUCGUGCUGCUGACGUCCUUUGGAUGUGGCGAGCUCGGUUCGGCCCAGACCGGUUUGAUCCGGGUGGAGCACGAACAGGGACCGGCCCUGUCGGCAUCGUCGCAGCUGUGCGGCGGCAGUACGCUUACCGCACCGCACGGUGUCAUCUCCACGCCCAACUUUCCCGCCCGGUUCCCGGUACCGAUCAGCUGCACCUGGAUCAUCGACGCAUCGGCCAUUGUCGGUGCGAACGUGUCGAUCGUGCUGUACCUUACGCAGCAGUACGUACUCGGCGGAUUGCGGUUCACCGAGUACAUGUACUACAGUGACGACUACAAGGUGCCGAGCAUGAACGUGUACGAGUUGAGCGAGGACGACGUGACCAGCGUGCCGUGGAUACGGUUUAACAGUCCGUACCUGGAGGUACGAUUCACCAUGGACAGCUUGUACGGGACACAUCUGCGUGCGCUCGAUCGGCUGUUGGAUGUGUACGGGUUCAACAUCACGUAUGAGGUGGACACGGUUAAGCCUCACACAUGUAACGCGCUGCGUUGCCGGUUUCUUGGCAACUGUUACGCGAAGCAGGAUUUCUCAUCGUACUACUGUGACUGCUAUGCUGGAUUUAGUGGUCCUGAUUGUGGCGACGGUCCGCUCUGCAAGGACGCGAAUGUUUGUGAAAAUGGUGGCACGUGCAAGCACAUCGGUGACAACGCCAUCAUCUGCAUCUGCCCGGCCGGAUAUAAGGGCAAACGGUGUGAGAUCAACGAGUACGACGAGGUCACAGGAUGCAAUCUCGACAAGGAAGGCGACGACUGCUUUCGGCAGUGUAUUUCACCCGGUGACAGUCUCGACGUGUGCCGCUGUGACCAGAGCAUAUCGUCCUCGAGUCGUGGCAGAGCCAAGUACGAGAUGACGGUACGGUUAGCAAACGCAUCCCACUUCGAGCUAAACGACAACGGCGAACAUCAGCUCAAUGAAAACACGGUGACGGUGCUGGAAAAGCAGAUCAACCGGUUUUUGAGGAAUUUCAAUCUAUCCAAGAUCAAUGACCUGGAAGUGUUUACAACGCGGACAACGGCGGUCCCUACCGGUGCCAGCGGUGGAACGACGAGUGGCAAGACUGGACCAUCAGUUGCCGUCGGAGGUGGUGAGGUAAUGUUUCAAUUUUUCGGCCCCAAAAUCGACUCGGGCCGCGUGCGGGAAGCGAUGGAAAAGAUGACCGAACGGGGCCGGAUCGGGAACGUGAGUCUCGUGCCUGGGACCAAGCUUACCUUUCGUCAGGAUGUUGGCUUUAUGUUGCAGUCGGUGGUCAUCAAUCAAAAGGGACCGAUCCGGGAGAACACCGAGUUCAUACUGUCCUGUGUGGCGCAGGGCUCAUCAACGAUGUCCUUCCGGUGGUACAAGAACGGAUACUUCGUGAACGUGACCAAAGCAACAAGGAACAUGUGGACCCGCCUGCUACCGCUCGACUCCAAGGAUCACUACACCGCCCUGCUGGGCAUCAACCGGGCAAAUCGUCUUGACGAGGGCAUUUACACCUGCCAGGUUUCCGACAUGGGUAUCCAGCAGUGCCGGUCGACGAAGGUACAAAUCCUGGAGGUACCGCAACUGCGCGUUGAUCCACCGAGCGUGACACUGUUCCGGGGCGAUUCCCUGCUGAUACGCUGCCUGUCACAGGACACCGACCGGCGGUUCGGUACGCUCGGUUACAGCUGGACGAAAAACGGUGCAUUAUUUCAAUCCGACCCGCACGCUGAACUCUGGGAAGAUCUCUAUCCGGACGGAAGCAUUCUUAAGGUGAACAACCUACAGAAAUCGGUCGUCUUUACCUGCAUUGUGUCCAAUUCGGUGGCACCGGUGUCACGCAGCGUGCACGUGACGGUGGUGGAACCGGGCACGGUCACCCUCUGUCCGCAGAGCGAUGAUUUCGGUGUGAGUUGGCCUGCCAGCGCUAGCGGGCCGGCUGUGCUGGCCGAUUGUCCCAAGCGGGGUACGGGGCUGGCGAGCCGCAUCUGUGAGCAGAGGGACUUUGGUCGUCCGGAAUGGUUAGUGCCGGAUUUUUCCGACUGUGUACCGGAGGAAGUUAUCGAGAUUGACAAUGAGUUCCGAGGGCUUACGUACGGUUAUCAGAAGACUAACGGUUCCAAUGUGCUGCAGUCGUGUUUGAAAUUUGCCACAACCCACGCGGCCACCUUUCUGCCGGGUGAGGGUGGCGUAUUGCUCGGUUUGCUGCAAGAGGUAUUUAGCUACAUCGCUGCGACCGGAACGCGUCACGAGCAGGAAAUCGCUUCGGACAUCAUUUUACGCAUCGUUGACGUCAUUAUGCAGAACAAAGCGUCACUCAACAGUCAACAGCAAAUCAAACAACUGCAGGACUUGGUGCAGGCAGCCGCACUCAAUCACGAAACGACGAUGGCAGCACCGAUUUCAUCGUCCUCCUCGUCGGCCCUCGGACCGGUGGCGGGAUCCGGCGUGAAGCAUGCCGCUUCUACCACCGCCACCCAUCAGCUGAACUCGUUCUAUCUGUACACGGAAACGGUCAAGGGCCUGCCGUUCAAUCUGCAAAUUUAUGGCGAUCAACUCUACUCCGACCAGCUGUACAUGGAAAUGGAUCGUUCCGCUUCACUGCAGGACAUCGUGGCCAACGGGACCGUGCUGGUGACGGUGAUAUCGUACAAAAAUCUUACCAGCUUUCUACCGCGCUUCUAUUUUGCCAAAAACAGCUUCGGCACCGAUAUCGACUACAUCCCGGCGUCUAAAAUCAUCUCGAGCUGGCUGUACUACGCGAACCGUACCGGGAGCGAGGCGAACCAACCGCUACACGUGCCGCUGGAGGCUGCCCACGUGGAAAUCGUUUUCCAGCAUGAAAACUCACCCACCACCGAAUGGAUACCGCUGUGUGGCUACGACUCGAAGGCGACGUUCGAACCAACGUGGCGUACGGAUCUCUGCAUCACCGAGAAUCUGCUGGAAAACAUCACUCGCUGCAUCUGCCCAUUGUCGGGCACGUUCGUGGUCCUGCUAGCGAAGAAGAACUACAACCCCACUGUACCGAAGGCAACCUCCCGGCCAAUACUGGUCGUGAUCAGCUGCGGAUGUUGCUUCCUGCAGUCGUGCAUCGCCUUCGCCAUCAUGCUGCCGAUCCUGUACCAGCGACGGUGCUGUGUGACCUUUUUAAAAAUGCAAUUCUGCUCCGCCACCUCGAUGGCGAUGGCUAUAUUCAUUCUCGGCCUGCUGCAGCUGUUCCCGCCGGAAUGGUACGCACUGGUGAUGGCAUUGCUGUCCGGUUUUCUGCUACUGAGCACCUCCACGCUGGUUGCCAUCACCGUCCUGGUAACGACGGAACUGCACGGUCCGAGUCGCAAACUGAUCGCUGCCACCAACCUGGCCACCGGUAUCUCGGGCAGCAUCGGGCUGAGCUGGUUUCUGCCAAUACUGUGUGCCACCUCGACACCGCUCGUGUACAACGUGAUGGUCGAAUCACCGUCGCACUGGUGGCAUACGUCCGACUCCUUCGGUUUCGUGCUGUUCGUCGUCAUCGAGGCACUGUUUGUGGUGCUGUUCGUGCUGCUCUUCAUCACCCUCAUCAAGCGGCUGCUCUAUCUGGCCCGGAAGCACGACAAACACAACACUUCCAUCCUGCGCAGGAUUCGUUUGCUCUACCGGACCGGGUUACUGUUCGUGUCGAAUGUGCUCUGCCACACGUUCUACCUGGUGUACGUCAACACGGACGGUUUGACGUCGGGCGGUUAUCUUUUCGGCGGUAACAGCAUAGCACUGGGAUUUUGUAUACUGUUUAGCUUUAUAGUGAAGGCGGAACUGAAGCAAGACACAACCGAGUCGACCAGCAGCAAGUCUAGCACUAAAAAUAGUUUGGACGAAAACUUUUGCUCGGGAUCAAUCAAUAGUCCGUUAAGUUUUUAUACAAAUCAGGAACUAGAUAAGGAUAACGAAUGCCUCUCGUCGGUGGGUAAGACAACGAAGAUUCCUCUGACAAUACUUUCCUCCCAGCAACCCCCGGCUUCGGCCCAAUCGGUACAGCAGGGCCCUUCCGGGCAGCAACAGACCGCACCGCACAUUACCACCAUCGAACCCUGCCUGCAGGUGGACCUUGAAGGCCACAGCAUGGACACGUUUCUCGGUGCUGCGGGAGGGCUCUGCAACUAUGCCACCGUCACCGCACCACCGUUUGGGGGAGCUGCUUGCUAUGAUCUUGCCGGGAGUAUACUGCUGCCACCCGGACCGGGUGGUCCGACCGUUCCGGGGACGGCACUCAUCACGAUCGAAACCAGCCCCAGCAUAGUGCUGGCGGGACCAUCACCGUUAGCGAAUGUACCAACCGCUGCCAGCGUUAGCAUCGAAUGGCACCAGCAGCAGCAGCAGCAGCAGCAACAACAUUCACACGCCUGUGGUCAUCGGCCGGAACCACUGCCGGCCACCGUGAGCUUCCUGCCCACGAUACCAACCGCCGAUGCGAGCGAUUUCGUCGGUGUGGGCACACUGGACAUACUGAAAGGCGUUGGGCAAGACAGCAUCAUCGGCAUCCGUGGCAAAGCGCUCGAAGUUGGCAGCAACGAUGGCAAGAAGGUAGUUACGGUAAUCGAAUCAUCUACCCAGCUGCCACCGACGGGAACGCUACCACGACCCUCGGGGAAAGCAAUCAUGACAACGACAUCGUCAUCUGCUCCGACGCCCACACCGCCCCCAACCGGACCCGCGCCCGUGCCACUCAUCCCCUACUACUCGGAGCAAUCGGGGGCAGCCGGUGCAUCGGCAGUGCAUCACAAACCGGGCCCGGUACCAGCGCCGCCCAUCAUUACCGUCACGGCAACCGACGACGGUCGGACGGGUGGGCGAAUCGACGGGAUGCUGGAUCGAAUCUCGCACGAUCUUGACUACCUGCUGAACCGUACGGGUGAUACCGUGGUGUCCUCCUCCUCCUCCACCACCAAUGCCACCACCACAUCGUCGGUUGUGCCGAUCCAGCUACGUCCAACGACCGGGUCACCGGGAGCAGGAGCAUCCACCGUCAACAGCCCUGCACCGCCACAGCAGGGCUCCAUUAGCGCACCACUAAUACCCGCUUGCCACAGUGUUCACGAAGUAAUUAUCGAAGAGUCUGAAGAAGUAGAUAGUUAA